AUUUGAACAAAGCAAGGUUAUCAGUAUGUGUUCUUUGUCUCAUAAGAGACAUUAAGUAGCCAUUCUUAAAAGAAUUUGAGAAUGUAAUUUUUUUGUUAUAAUUAGUCUUAAUCAUGAACUCUAUAUACGCGAAAGUACUUGCUAUAGCUGUUGUUACAGUUGGCAGUUAUUUCUGUGGAUUUUUACCUGCUAUUUUGGGACUAGGUUCUACUUAUAAAAAGUCAAUUUUGUUAUCUUCUACUCUAUGUUUUGGAGCUGGAGUUUUAUUGUCCACUUCUAUUGUUCAUAUUCUUCCUGAUGUAAGAAAUGAUGUUCACCAGUGGGGAGAAUUACUUUUAUGUGCUGGAUUUUUUUUUAUUUAUGCUAUUGAUGUUUUAUUAUCACCAUUUCUUCCAAAAAGUGAUUCUUCUUCAGAAGAACAAGAUCCGCUGUUACCUCAGGAAUCGAGUACGAUUUAUGGAUCUACAUCUAAUGAUAGUGAAUUUCCAAUUUUAUCUCAAGAUCAUGUUGUGGAAAACCAGACAACAAAAUCGUGGUCUUGUAUGAAUUUUGGUCUGCUCGUUGCAUUUACAACGCAUGCUUUGUUGGAAGGAUUGGUCAUCGGUGUUCAAGAUUCAACUAACGGGGUUUUAUUAUUGUUAGGAGCUGUUUGUUCUCAUAAACUACUUGUUGCCUUUUGUCUGGGUACUGAAUUGAUUUCUGUUGGACGUCAUUGGUGCUCGUUAAUUGUUCCACUUUCAGUUUUUGUGUUGGGUUCUGAUAUAGGUAUUGUUCUUGGAUUAAUCUUCGAAGUUGAAGGAUCCCCAGUGAUGAAAGCUAUUAUCCCAUACAUGCAGGCUAUUGCAGGUGGAACAUUAUUAUAUAUAGCUUUAAGUGAAAUUAUUCCCCGUGAGAAAGCACGUGAUCUCCCAAAAUAUGCUAGCAUUUUUCAAAUCAUCGGAAUGUUUGCUGGAUUUUCACUUAUGUCGGCUUUAAGUAUGCUGUUAUAAUUUAGUCACUAUGCUAUAAAUCAGUUAACAUUAUGUUGUUACCAACUUUGUAUUUAAGUUAUAGAUAUAUAGAUAUGAUCAUAAUUGUAAAAAAACUCCCAUGACCAGAAAAUAUAAAUGUGAAAGUUUUCAAAGUUAUAGUUACAGUAAUCCCUGUACAUUUGUGAAUUUGACAUCCUCAAGUUUUGAUUUUGUACACUACGAGUUCAUGAAUGUGGGUAAAUUCCAUAUUUGCGAAUUUUGUAUUUCAUUAUUCUUGGUUAAAAAAGUCUGAGUACACUAUGUAUGUAUAUAGUAAGCACACAUAUUUAUUUAUGAAGUAGGUUUUCAAUUGUAAUAUAGAACAAAAAUCCAUUGAUAAAGUUCAUUUUUUUGUUUAACAAAAAUUGGAUGGAUUAUUUUCCUGGAACUUAACCCUCCCGAAUGUCAAUGGAUUACUGUAGUGAAUUGAAAAAAUUGCAGGGUAUAGGUGUAUAAGACGUAUGUACAUAUUAUUUUCUACAUUACUGACAAUGUGCCUUUAAUAUGGGACUACUUUUUUUAAAUUUUGAUACUCAUAAAAUAAAUAUAUUUUCUGAUAAAUUAUGAUUAGAAAUGUAAUUUUAUUGAGUACCUUCUCGGAUGUGUAACAUUGUUUAGUUAUUAAAUAAUUUAUGUCGUAGAUAUUUAUUAGGAAGGACCACCAGUAUAAAUUCUUGUCCUAAAGAAACUUUAGAUACCUAUUAUGCAAAAAUGACAUUAGAAUCAUUUUCAAUAUCAUUAUUUUUAAUGUAAAAACUUUUCAUUCUGAAUUCUAUUAUUCAGAAUGUUUUUUGGACAUGGAAAGAUGAUAGCAUUUCCAUAGAUUGUAUUAAGGCAACAACGUAAAAUGCCUAAGGUUGGGAUGGGAUCCUCUUGAAAUAUAUUGCUCAAGAGUUGAUCCUAUGACUGCAUAAGUUUAGGAACUCCUGUACUAUUUAUAUUUUUUAUAAUUUUAGUUAGAUAUCAUCUAACUUCUAUUUAAAAAAAUGAGAAUACGGUUAUGAUAACUGUAUCCAGAAUAAUAAUCCAAAAUUUCCAUUUCAAAAUCCAAUGAUUAAUGUCAUUUAUCUUUAUUUCUGAUAUUGUUUACUAGAAUAUUGAUUUUUGGUCCUUCCUUAUUUGGCAUUUUUUGGUCAUUUAUUACCACUUAAUAAUUAAAACAUAAGAUAUUUUUUGUUUGACUAAAUUUGUUUUAUUUAACUUUAGUUAUUUUACAAAUGUGAAGACUGUAAUUAUUGUGUCAUAUUGAAUACUCAAUGGUUGAUGUAGUCUAUUGAGGAAAGAGAUGAUUCAGAGUGGCGGUCAUAAAAAAAACUUAAAAUAGUGAAAAACUAUUUUAUUAAUAAAUUAAACUUAUAAAAUAGUUUUUCACAAUUUUAAGUUUUUUUAUGACUGCCACCUCGGACCAUCUCAUUCCUCAUUGUAAUUAUUGUGAUAUCAUAUAUAUAUAUAUAUAUAUAUAU